CGCUCGUGCGACUUCCGCGAGGACGAUUCGGUGCACGCAUACCACCGCGCCACCAACGCCGACUACCGCGGCAGCGGCUUCGACCGCGGCCACCUCGCCGCGGCCGCCAACCACCGCUGGAGCCAGAAGGCCAUGGACGACACCUUCUACCUGAGCAACGUCGCGCCCCAGGUGCCCCACCUCAACCAGAAUGCCUGGAACAACCUGGAGAAGUACAGCCGCAGCUUGACCCGCACCUACCAAAAUGUCUAUGUCUGCACAGGGCCACUCUUCCUGCCCAGGAUGGAGGCUGAUGGAAAGUACUAUGUGAAGUACCAGGUCAUCGGCAAGAACCAUGUGGCGGUGCCCACGCACUUCUUCAAGGUGCUGAUCCUGGAGGCCACGGGCGGGCAAAUUGAGCUCCGUUCCUACGUGAUGCCCAACACACCGGUGGAGGAGACAGUCCCCCUAGAGCGCUUCCUGGUGCCCAUUGAGAGCAUUGAGCGUGCUGCGGGGCUGCUCUUCGUGCCAAACAUCCUGGUGCGGGGGGGCAGCCUCAAGGCCAUCACUGUGGGCAGCAAGUGAGGGCAGCAGCCCCGCCAGACUGAGUGCGUGUGGGUCUGGGUCACAUUAAAGGUGAUUGGUUAUUUUUGGA